CCUCGAGCAGCAGUUCUAGCGUUGACGGUAGGUGACGCCCCUCCCUUCACUGUUCUCUAUUCUCACUCCUAUCGCGAACCUGCAAACAACAAUAUGUGUCGCUGGAUAGCAUACAUCUCUUCCACCGAGCCUUGCCUUCUCGAAGAUGUCCUGAUCACGCCGAAGCACUCCCUGGUCAAGCAAGUCUCGGAUCACUAUCUCCCUAAGCUCCUCCCUCACGAGCACAACCAGAGCGCCGAGGACGAUGUCAAAGCACGCAAUGUCGUCUUCAACUUCGACGGGCUAGGCAUAGCCUGGUAUACUUCUGCCAACUCGGACUUCGAACUUCCUGAGACUGGAGAAAGUGCAGAUGGCGCGCAGAAAGACGUAUCGUUCUUAGACGAUCAGCCAUAUGUGCAUGUGGCUGACAUCGCAAAGGGACUGCGACCAGCUUUGUACAAGACCAUUCAACCUCCGCGGCAUGAGUCCAACUUUCUGUCCAUAUGCCAAAACACCGAAACGCGUUGCCUCUUCGGUCACAUUCGCGCCUCAUCAGGAACGGCCGUCGCAAACGUUAACAAUCACCCAUUCGUGUUCGGAAGGCACACUUUCAUGCACAAUGGAGCCGUGAGCGACUUCUCCGAGAUCAAGCGGGCGGUCAUCAAUGAGAUGAGCCACGCUGCCUAUGCAAAUGUCUAUGGCGGAACUGAUUCCGAGCAUAUUGCUGGUCUCUACAUGACUUAUUUGACCCGAGGUGGCGAUGCCACGACUUUCUACUACACAUACUCGGCCCAGGAAAUGAAAGCCGCACUCCACAAAGCAGUUGCAACUGUUGUAGGCCUGCAGCAAAAGAUACUUGGCGUAGCAAAGAGAGCGAAUUCGCUGAACCUAUGUGCGACAGAUGGCGUGAGCCUUGUUGCUUGCCGCUUCCGAAAUCACAAGACAUCUCUGCCUCCCAGCUUGUACUACAGUACGAAAGCAGGAGUCACACUCAACCGCAAAUAUCCUGACAAUGCUGAUGGCAUCCCUCACCCAAAAAGAGAUGUCGGUAUCCCGGAGCAGCGACACGGAGAACAUCUGAUCGUGGCCUCUGAACCGAGCACUUACGUCGAGCAAGACUGGGAGUUGAUUGGGCGAAACCAGUUCCUUGUUUCAGGAUCGGACGGAAUUUUCGAGGUUGGAGAUUGCCCGUACGGAACUGAAUGGGAUGGGUUGGACUGAUGCUGAACUUAUUGACUGACGACUUAGAACGAGAUACCCUUUUACGACUACACGAAUUGAGACCUUACACAUAACCUGCAUUCUACAUGGACAGUUGCACAGACCGCCCGACA